CAUCUGUUUCCCUUGCUGUCGGGAAGACAGAACAUCCGGUUUUGAUAAAUCGAUUUUAGACUCGAUUUGCAGCGGUUAUCGGGCAGACAUGGCGGUGUGUGGGGUUCACCUGGACUCUGAUGCUUUCCUCGUAUGUUUGAAUCACGCUCUGUCCACAGAAAAAGAGGAAGUGAUGGGCCUCUGUAUUGGAGAGGUUGACACAAGCAGGAUUGUUCACAUACAUUCCGUUAUCAUCCUCCGUCGCUCAGAUAAGCGCAAAGAUCGGGUGGAAAUUUCUCCAGAGCAACUUUCUGCAGCCUCUACUGAAGCCGAGAGAUUGGCUGAUAUGACUGGUCACCCGAUGAGAGUGGUGGGAUGGUAUCAUUCUCAUCCACAUAUUACUGUAUGGCCUUCACAUGUAGGAUAUCAUGGAUGCAAUCAGAAACAUCGUGGACCCUGGCACCCGGAAGAUGUCCGAACCCAGGCCAUGUACCAGAUGAUGGACCAGGGUUUUGUGGGCCUUAUCUUUUCCUGUUUCAUUGAAGACAAGAACACCAAGACUGGUCGAGUUCUCUACACUUGUUUCCAGUCGAUUCAAGCGCAGAAAGGUUCUGAGUAUGAACGAAUUGAAAUCCCUAUUCAUGUUGUACCACAUGAAACUAUUGGUAAAGUUUGCCUGGAGUCUGCUGUGGAACUUCCAAAAAUUCUUUGUCAGGAAGAGCAGGAUGCUUAUAGAAGAAUUCACAGUUUGACACAUCUGGACCCAAUUACCAAGAUUCACAAUGGAUCAGUUUUCACAAAGAAUCUGUGCAGCCAGAUGUCAUCCAUUAGUGGUCCUCUGCUACAAUGGCUGGAGGAUCGUUUAGAUCAGAACAAACAGCACAUCCUGGAACUUCAGCGGGAAAAAGAACAGCUCCUCCAGGAAUUAGCAGUCCUAAAAUGAAAGACAUUGUCAGAGCUGAGGAAAGUGAAAGCAGAUUGAUCAAUUUCUGAUGAGAAAGAAAGCCCUUUGAUUGCAAUAAAACUGUGUAGCAGAGCUUUUAUGUCAUGUUUAAGAUCCCACUCAAUUUAUUAUCUUAAAUUAAGCCUGUCCAUCAAAUGGAAGGAAGCACAUAUUGACUUUGGUUGGCUUUUCCACCAAAAGGGGAUUUAUUCCGGUAAUUGCUGGAUCUAAGCAUUGACACUUCAGGAAUCCAGCACUGGAAUUAAUAGCUCUAUUUAUAUCAAGUUAUUGCUUGGAUUAGUUUACUGACAAUAUUAAGUAAUUAUUUGUUCAAUUAAACAAUGUGAUAACAGAAGUUGUUUAACUAAUGUUACUUUUCAAGACCAGGAAAUUUGUUGAGUACUUGAUAAAUUGUCAAAAAAAGAAAUGCAUACUUGUUUUUAUUUGCAGUUGCAUAAUUAAAAUUGAUAUUUGAGGCAUCCACUAGAUGCAGUGAUUUAUAUCAGUAUAUAAAUUAACAGAUUAGAAAAUUCAAAGCUAUGUGAAUACUGUGGAGCACAUCUUUCAAAGACACAGAAAGUCACAAGACCUCAGUAAUAUCUUAAUAAGUGAGUCUGUUUAUUUUUCAUCCUGUGAAUGAAUUUGGUAAAUAAUCAAGACAAAAGUCUGUAUGAACAAUUUUGUUUCCAACGUCAGAAAUAUUUGCCAUUUACAAUAGACCAUUGGUGCAUCACUUGGGUGCAUUAUAUUGAUUCAUUUCACCACUUUAGAAUGUUUUUGUGAUAUUUGAUUAUUAACAGCCAAAUAGGAUAUAGUGGACUACAGGAGGAAAUGGAGACAGGCUAACACCUAUAGACAUCAAUGGAUCUGGGGUUGAGAGGGUGAACAGCUUUAAGUUCCUCGGCAUACACAUCACUGAGGAUCUCAUGUGGUCUGUACAUACCGGCUGUGUGAUGAAAAGGGCAGAACAGCGCCUCUUUCACCUCAGACGGUUGAAGAAGUUUGGUAUGGCCCCCCAAAUUCUAAGAAUUUUCUAUAGGGGCACAAUUGAGAGCAUCCUGACUGGCUGCCUCACUGCCUGGAAUGGGAACUGUACUUCCCUCAAUCACAGGACUCUGCAGAGAGUGGUGCGGGCAGCCCUGCACAUCUGUAGAUGUGAACUUCCCACUAUUCAGGACAUUUACAGAGACAGGUGUGUAAAAAGGGCCUGACGGAUCACUGGGGACCUGAGUCACCCCAACCACAAACUGUUCCAGCUGCUACCUUCUGGCAAACAGUACCACAGCAUAAAAGCCGGGACCAACAAGCUCCGGGACAGCUGCUUCCACCAGGCCAUCAGACUGCUUAAUUCAUGCUAACACAACUAUAUUUCUGUGUUAUAUUGAUGGUCUUGUUGUACAUAAUAUUUAUUAUAAAUUACUAUAAUUGCACAUUUAAACAGAGACAUAACGUAAAGAUUUUUACUCAUGUAUAUGAAGGAUACAAGUAAUAAAGUCAAUUCAAUUCAAAUGGAUUUAUAGAACCUGUAGGGAAGUGAUAGGAAAAUUCAUACUAGUGAUCUUUGAAGCAAAACAGUAGAUCUAUUUAAUUGCAAUAAAGUUAAAGGAGUGGUUUAAUAGAACAUAGGUGACAACCAUAGUUCACACUCUUAUGUUCUAGUGCUUAACCUUGAGUGUGCUUUUCAAUUUCUUCAUUUACAGAUUAGUUCAAUUACCAUUUUCAGUCAAAUUCGUUUAUUGAUCUCAAUGCAUUAGUUUUUGAUAUGCAUCUAAUGAACUGUUUGAAACUCUGCAAUCCAUAUGUAGCUCAUACAGAGCUAAGUAACAAUUUCUCGGUAUUGUUCAAGCAUUUCCUAACCAUGACUUGUGGGGCACUGCAUAACUAAUUGCAGUUUUCAAGUUAGUUGUGACUCACGCAAUGCUUUCAUAUUGCAUCCAUUUGAUUUGAAAGUUGCUAACUGCACACCUAUGACUUAGGUAAAACAUUAGAUUAGAUUAGAUUCAACUUUAUUGUCAUUGUGCUGAGUACAGAUACAAAGCCAAUGAAAUCCAGUUAGCAUCUAAUCAGAAAUGCAAAGAAUAGUGUUAUUUACAAAAUAACUGCGAAUAAAAAGUGCUACAGUACAAUACAAUAAGGGUGCAAUACUGCUAAGCGCUGUGAUGUGAGGUUCAGCAGGGUCACAGCCUCAGGGAAGAAGCUCUUCCUGUGCCUGCUGGUGCGGGAGCGGAGGCUCCUGUAGCGCCUACCGGAUGGGAGGAGAGUGAAAAGUCCAUGGUUAGGGUGAGAUGCAUCCUUGAUAAUGCUUUUUGCCCUGCCCAGGCAGCGUUUGUGGUAGAUGUUCUCAAUGGUGGGCAAUUGGGUACCGAUAAUCCGCUGGGCAGUUUUCACCACACGCUGGUAUAUCUGAAGAAACAUAACAGUUUCUUCAGAUAUACCAAAAGAGUCUUGUAGCUUUAAAUCCAGAUUUUUAUUAGAAUAGAUAUUAAGUUAUUUAAAUUUAAAAUAUCCAUUGUUUUUAAAAUUAAACAAUAUUAAGAAUAAGCCCACAUUCUAUCCCUUAUAUAUUUUGUAUAUAGAAUAAUGCAGCAUAGUACAGGCCCUUCGCCCCAAAUGUUUAUAUAAAAAUAUAUUUAUUUUUAUUUAAAGAUGCAGUGCGGAACAAGGUUCUUUUGGCCCAGUGAGCCACUUCACCCAGCAAUCUGCCUAUUUAGCCUGAGCCUAAUCACAGGACCGUUUGCAAUAUUCUAUUAUACUAACCACUUCUUUGGAAUGUAGGAGAACGAGAAGGACAUGUGAACUCCUUACAAAUGGUGUCGGAAUUGAACUCCGAACCCUGGAGUUCUGAGCUGUAUAGCUUUGUGUUAACGGCUACACUGCCAUGGUACCCUAAACUUACUCCAUAAUUAACCUAACUGUUCCCUUCUAGACAAUCUAUUAUGUUUAUAAUCUUGAAAAUACAUGCAUUUAAGGUAUAUCAAAUAAAAUAUAAUCUGAUGAUAAUCACUUGCCUUAUUACUAUUUAAAAGUUGUCCAUUACUGAUUCUGUCAGCAAUAGCACUGAAUUUGAAUUUUUAAAAACUUGGGCAUACACUUCUCAUUCAUUUCAUCAAAUAUAUGCAUCUCAUAUACUAAAAUAAUGAUUUGUGGUGAAUGGAAAAUCCAGGAAUAGAAAAUAGCAAAGCCAAAAUGUUUUUGUUACUUUGCCACAGCAUUAAGCCUGGCUUGAUUUCCAGCCUUGAUGGCCAUUUUAUUUUAAAACUGAACAUCAAUUAGAUUUUACAUCUGUAGUGGAAAUGUUAGCAGAUCAAUUGUAAAAUGUUUAAGUGGUAAAUUAUUAUCGUUGUAAACACAACAAACACUAUUAAGUAAAUGAAGUGUGCUAUUAAUUCAGAAAUCUUUCAUCUAUUUAUAUUUUUGUACCUCAAUUGUACCUUAAUUUUAAUAAUGACAAGAAGAAGAAGAUAUAUUUUUGAGAUAUUUCAAUAUUUUCAAAUUUUUUCAUGUUUGAUAAAACUGGUCUUUGAUUUCAUCUGUGUUCCCUAAAUUUGAAUAACUGAGCAAACUUAAAAAAAGCAUUAGUGUUAUUCUUUGUACAUGCUCUUUGGACAGUAUUCAAGGAAUGUUUCACUAUUGUGCAAUGUGUCACUGAAUAUAUUUUCUCUUCUACAUCAACAUUUUGGAGUAUAGAAGUCUUAUGAUGCUACAGGAAUGAUACUAUAACUGAUAAUAAUGACUUGUGUAUCAGGAUAUAUCAAGACGAUCUUUCUUCAUCUGUUCUACUUUC